AUGCGGCAGGCGUGGUUACCACGCGCGCUGCAGCCCCGGACGAGUCGCGAGAAGCUUGCGUCAUCCUCGGGGGUAUCGGCGACCGCGUGCAAGCGACUGUCCUCCACAUCGAUUUUGGACCCCGGCGCUUGCUCUCCAGAGAGGACGGCUUUAUCCGUACAACAGGGAAGUGCGUCUGGGUCGUCUGUUGAAGGCCCUUUUCUCCCGCAAAGCAAUGCGCCGCAGUGCCCGCCAGCAGCUCCCGUUGUUGUGGUGCCUUGCCCAAGUCAGGCCGUUUCAGAGCGGCGGACGACGCGCCCUCACAUGACACGGAGGGAUGAUCCUGCAACUUCAGACUCUCCCCAGGGAAACAGACACAGCGACGACGGGGGCAGGCGAGGCCGCGAGAAGAACUGUGCGCAGCCAUGUGAGCAUGCGUCGCGAACCGACCCUCCAACGGGUCCCCUGUCGUCUAGUUCACCUCGUCCUUCCUCGUCGACUGCGCGUGGAACUAGCGGGAUGAAUCCCCGAGACUGUGCUCGUUCGGCGGACCAGACGACGUUAACUUCCUCGUCCGCAGGUUUGCCGCGACGGCAUCCAGAGCUGCCGGCGGAGCUCUCGGCUUCGCUGUCGCGUCCAGCCAGCGUCAGCCCAGAUGCUCCUCCUCUCGUGUGCGCUAGGGACUCUGCAGCCGCUGCGCCGCCAGCCCGCGGCGAGUCACUGGCGACUGAGGAGGAACCGCGAGCUGCGGAGUUUAGGGUUGCACCGUCGCCCCUUCAGUUCUUUUUGGAAGAAUGCGUCGCUGCCUCGCCUGACGCCUGGUCUUCAACAUGUAUCUCAGGGGAACACAGCAGGGCCGCCCGUGUUCACGCGGCCCUGCCAGUCAAGCCGUUGCCGCGAGAUGGAACUCCAGAUCUGCCGCACGCAUGCCAGAAAAACAGGUGUGACCAUGUCUUCCCCCCUCGCCAGUUGGACAUGCCGGUUCCUCCGCCGCAGUGGCGAGACGAGGAGAAAGCUGAGCAGAGGUGCCCCCUGCGUCAGUCAUUCCACCUUACCUAUCACGUGUAUGGCGAUAUGGACGAGUAUGCACUGGACAGAAGUAUCGCCGUUGAGCUGCUGCGGCAGCAGCGCGUACGCGAGGCGUUUCUGUCGCUUCUUCCUCUCGUUCGGACGUACGGCGUAGACCGCGUCCUCGCGGACGAAGACCUCAGCCUGAUUGCGUAUAAGUACUUUGAGAUGCAGAGAAUGUUUCUGUCGCUGUGGGAGGACUCCCCGCCUCACGAGAGGAAGUCGUCCCUGCUCAAGAUGAUCACGCGGUCGCUGUCACAUCACCGCAACUACCACUGCCACAGGCACCGCAGCGGCUCGGAGACGGGGGAAAAGGCGUCGCCGCCGGCGUCUUCCGCCAUGCCGCGUGCCUCGGCGGCGCGCAGAGGAACGGCUUGCUCGUCGGGCUCCGCUGAGUCGUUCUGUUGCGGCGCGGCUAGAGCGCAGGAGGCAGCAGUGGCUGGGGGGAGGGCGGGAGACAGGGGGGACCGCGAAGGUCGGAAGUUCAGCUACCAGGGCCGGCGCGCCGGCAUACGCGCCACGGCGGACAGCGCGAGCAGCAGCGGCGGCAGCGAGGAGGGCGCGGGAGCGGAGACAACAGACGGGGCGGACGUGUUUACGGUAGAGAAACGAGGGCGGCGGACGGUUCCACGCCCGCAGACUCGAGACGAAAGGAGCAACGGCAGUCAGGCGGAGGCGGGCAGGGGACGUGUAGCCCGAGAGAGAGAAAACGGGCAAGGUGCAACACUGAGGGAAGUGGACGGCCGCGAACGCGAAGGCGGCAGGAGCUCGGCACAUGAGCUCGCUGAGGAGGAGUCCCAUCCACCUCGCUGCGGUGAAGGGAAUGGGGCGGAUGUCAUGGCGAACGACGAUGGCAGUGCCGAUGACGCGGCCGUCCGGAGACGCAGCACGGUUGACAGCGGAAACAGCCAGCUGGCUGGCGGCGUCGCAUACUGGAGCGCUAGCGGGGAUGAAGAUGCAUGGGGCACGGAAGAACAACGCAUCGAAUAUGAGCUGCAGAAGCGAAUGGAUACGCUGUUCAGACGCAGCACAAUGGGGUCCACAGUCGCUCUCGAAGCCACGCCGUGGAUCCUUGCAGUGGACGACAGCCCAUCCUUGAACAUCUGGAGUCGCAAGUAUCGCAACAGUACGCUUCUGUCGUUUCGGAUCGAGGGAGUCGUGGAGAGCUCUCUCGUCUCCGUCGUCUCCGUCCUGAAUGAGCAAGACAUGUAUAAGGACUGGGUCCCGUACUACACCUUCCCCAUCAGAUUCGGCCUGAAGGAGUGCACUCGCGUCAGCCAGUUCGGAAGGGUCGAUCAACUUGACGUAUUCAAAAUUGCCUUCCCAUGGCCAGUCAACGACAGGGACGCCUGCUUGAGCAUUUGGGCGGCAGACGACCUGGAAACCACGGGAAGCUACUUUGUCCGCAUUACGACUUGUGAUGAAGGAGACAACGUUCGCGGAGUUAUUGCGCCGCCCCCAGAGCGUGGCACGGAGCGUCUGUAUUGUGAAGGCGCGUUGAUGCUCCACCCCCAGUCGCCGGCCUCCGUUCAGGUCCAGCUUUUGUGGACGAUCGACCCUCGUGUGAGCCUCCCGGAGUCCCUGCUUACCUUUCUGACCAGAGUCUUUGCGCGAUCGGCAUUUCACGCGUUCCGCCGCGUCUGUGCAGCUGCCGCUACGGAUGGCCAUGUGCAGCGACGCGAAACUCGGCCUUACCUCUAUAGCUUCCUUCAAAAUCGGCUUGAUAAUCUGGCAGCGUCGUCUGUUUUGUACACCGGGCGGCAUUCGAGCGACGACGACGCGUCCAUUGUCAGCGAAGAGAAAAGGGGCUGCUUCGCCUCCGCCCGUGCGCCAGGGCAGUCCUCCAGCAGUCUCAGCUCGCGAGCUCGCACCAGGGUGACAGAAUCAGCUUCUGCGCCACGCCGAGAGACAGAUGCUUGCACAUCACGCUUCCCCGCCUUCCUGAAGCCACGUCCGUCGGCUCACCGAACUCGCCGAAAUGACGCUAAACAAGCAAGGCGUUGA